AUGAAAACUAAACGGACUGACAUCAUCAGAUUCAGCUGUCACAUACAUUAUUUUAGAUACAGCAAAUCCAGAAUAAGGAACACCACCGCUGAGGAUCUUCAGGUGGCCAACUACGGCGUGGGAGGACAGUACGAGCCUCACUUUGACUUCGGACGGAAAGAUGAACCGGAUGUGUUUGAAGAGUUGGGGACAGGAAACAGAAUCGCCACCUGGCUGCUUUACAUGAGUGACGUACAGGCAGGGGGCGCCACCGUCUUCACUGAUGUUGGAGCUUCUGUCCGGCCCAAAAAGGUACAGUUCACUUUAGUGCUGCAGCUCCAUCAAGCCUCUGACAGGGUAAAGAUCAGUAAUUGAUUGUAAUUGUACAAUAUACAUAGAAAAAAACUCAUGAAAUGUUGAUCAACUACAUGAGGACGAUAACUACAAUCUGCUCAAAUGUUUCUGAGCUAAUUUAAACCUACCUGGUUCUAUUUAUAAACAGAUUACACUUCAUUAAUAAAUAUAAUACUUAAUAUAUUUAAUACUUCAUAUAAAACAUGAAGAUAUAUUUUAAAUGAUCACAACGGUGUUAAAUUGUCAGUUUAUUAUCUGCUGCUCAUAAAUCAUAAACGUGGGCGGUAAAGUUUACUGAUUAAUGGAUUCUAACAUGUAAAUGUGUUGAUAGUUUAACUGCUCAGUUUAAGGGUUAAAAACUCCUGUAAAUGAAAGCAUGAAACAUGAAAGCAUAACUUUAAUUUUUAUCAUUUUUAUCAGGCUCUUUUCAGUGUUCAGUUCAGGGAUGAUUUGGUCCAUUUUGAAUAGUUUACACAAUAUAUGCCUUAAAGUGUGCAGAUCGCCCUUAAUUUCAUUAACAAACACUGAAUCUGGAAAUGAAACAAAUGAAGAACAUGUGAUGUAGUUUUGUAUGUUUAUUACCUUAAAUCCUUCAGUAAACACCAUGACAUAUGAGAAUUCAUUCAUUUAUACAUUCAUUCAUCCCGAAGUUGGGAUGAACCCCUGAAGUUCCACAUAAUAAACAAUAACUGAAAGAGUCAUGUUCUUCUAAAUAAAUAAAUACAAUAAAUAUUUCUAAAUUAAACCCUUAAUAUAGCACGGUCUAGAAAUACUACGUUAACACUGAAGUACAAGUACCUUAAAACUUUACUUAUGUACAUGUGGACAUGUGAGUGUUGUUUUAACUCACAGUUUAAAGGUGCAGCUGGUCACCUGUCCAUCAUCACUCCCUCACAGAGUCUCUGACCUCAGAUCUGCUUCACUGCUGCAGAAAACAUGUCCGCCUAAUACACAACUUCAUUUCAUGCAGAGAAAUGUCUGAGCUGCACUCCUGUUUAUGUGUGAUACAGAAAUGACUGUUUAAAGAAUAAAUGUUCUAUAGUAUGUGUUUCUAAUCAGAAUAAAUAAAGU